AACCCUGCAGGCAUAGCUGACGUAAAAAGCUACAAGCCAGUGCUAGUGUCAGUUUGUAUCCGAUUCCGACAGUGGUGUGUUGAUGAGUGAGCUGCAAUGACAUCCACUCCGAAGUCUAUUACUGAUGAUGUUCUUGGAGGCGAACUGACUAACUGGGAAGUGGAAGGCGAUCCCGUGGAACGUCGCAAAGAAUCGUGGGUGGAGCUCGGCAGCGAGCGGGAGCGAGACCGCGUGACGCCGCUGCCCUUCAGCUCUGGCGAGGAGUACCUGCGGCUGCUGCGCGAGGCGCAGCGCGAGUCCAACCAGUCUUCGGCGCGCGUCUCGCUCGCCUCAUCUCGCCGGGACACGCCUCGCGACAGCCCGAAGUCGCCUCCCAACAGCCCGAACACGGAACCUUCGACCGACGACGACCUCAAGGGCGUCUACAUAAACUACUGCUACAAGGAUGGAGAUUUCAUGACUGUUGACCGUAGCACAGACUGGAUUUGGGACUGGAGCAGUCGGCCUGACCAAGUACCCCCAAAGGACUGGAAAUUUAAACAUCCCAAGAGAAAAACUUACAGCAUUCGCCAUGCUAAGGUUGGCAAGAACAGCUUGUUUUCAAAAGAAGUUCUUUACACCCUCUUCCUUACAAACUUCAUCUCACUCCUGCUGGGAACAGGUGUUGGUGUCUGGCUGAGUCGAAGAGGGAUGUUUCUUCCACGAAUUAAUUUUGAAUGAUGGUGCACCACGAUGGUGUGUUGCUGCAGCCUGUACCAACAAUGGGACCGUAAACUGUCGAGAAGACUGAUGGAAAUGGGGCAUGCAGUUGACAUUCUAUUAGUGUUGUACGUCUUGUACAUCCUCUGCAUUCUGUACGUUGUAAUUGUUAUCAGGCAUUACAUGCAAGUAGGCUUUAUACACAAAUCUUUGUGACUAGGUUUUCUUCUCACCACCCAUUUUAUAAAAGGAGUAGAGAUUUGUAUAAGUGACACUUAGGCAGGCUAUGUUGUUAGAAAGUAUCAUAAAUGUAUGUUAAAUAGUGUCAGUGUUCUCUGUACUUGUAUACAUUCAUUAAAGUAUGCAGCAAAUUAAGCAAAACAAAAAAAAAAAAUCUUGGGAAAGGUGACAUAAGCAGGAGUCUUUCAGGUUCAUUUAAGUAUUAAUUACACUAACAACACUUUCUCGCCUGAACAAAGGUAGCAUCAAGUGGAUGGUUUUCACCGUCUAAUUUUCUUACCAAGUUUUUAAUGAUUGUUAAAGAAUAUGUGAAGAAUAUUAUGAAAUAAAUUCGAUUUUUGUUUACGAAUGUGAAUUCUUAUCACUGUCAACUUAAGUAUCAGUAGCAAUGUUACCUGAAGAAUUGUUGCAACCUUAACAAUAAGACAUGUUUCUCCAGACUCCAUUUUAUUAUCUGUUAAUGUACUAAUAUAUUUUACGCACAUUAUAUAAUCUAUAUAUGUUACAAAUAUUAGCAUUUUAAUAUAUAUGAGAGUUCUGUGAUAAAGUAAUUUGCAAUCAUUUCAGCAUUUUUGUCCAGGCAUCAUGCUCAUUUCCUUAUUUCUCAAAUGUUUGUACAGUUUGCAUACAGACAUUGAUCCUAUUUAUUAUUAACUUGUCUUUCUCAGAAAAGGAAUCUUGUCAAUUAAGUCUCAGUAAUGUAAACACUGCUAAGCGAAUAUUACAUUAUCUUGGAAUGUAUGACAAUCUGAGGAAUGUAAUAAAACAUCGUGUAUAAUGUUAAAAACUGUUUCAGAGACAUGUUAAUGGAUGCUGGAAAAUAAAUAAAUAAAUAAGUUUUAAUAAGUGAAUAUUGCAUCUUCCAUUUGAUAAUUUGUGCAAGUGGUAUAGAAAUGCAUCCCUUCUUAUAGCUUUGAAUUGGUCAGCAUAGUGUUGAUCCAUAUUUAUUCACGAUGUUUUGUACACACUGUAUCUGAAUUGACCUGCAAGUUGAAUAUCACAUAACUCUGUUUUCAAUUUCAUAUGCAAAUACUACCUUAGAUAUAAGGACACGUACGUAUGUAUGUAUGUAUGUGACAGAUUUAUAAAUUUGCCAUCAAAGUAUACUGUGUGUGUGUGUGUGUGUGUGUGUGUGUGUGUGUGUGUGUGUGUGAUUAUAUGUGGAAAAAUGAUUGAUUUAGCAAAUGACAUCUAUAGAUCAAAUUUUCCAUCCAUGUUCUUUAAGAAUGCAUAUGGUAUUCAAUUUAAAUAUAGUACCACAUCCAACUAAAAAAUAAAGAAGUCCAACCUUUAUUAAAAUGCUGCUGGCACAAUUGUAGAACUCUUCCCUAAGAGUGUUUCUUUAAAUUAUUGCUGAAGUUUUUUCAUUUGAGACAGCACAGUGUCAGUAUCACUAGAGGAAAAAGGUGUCCAGUUUAUCUGCCAGUAGCGCUCAUACUGUACAAUAGCUGAAUCAUAUAGUGUGUGUCCUCAAACUUUUUAUGCUGUGGUGCACCAGUAAUUGAAUACUGAACUUAUUUGUACAAUAACAGUUCAGUCGAGUGAGUUAUGACAAAGUUCUACUUUAAUUUGCUCGUGCACCGUUUAUUCUGUUGGAAUUUUCAGUAGAAGACUCAUAAGUUGCUACAACUGAAAACAUCUGUUUAGAAGUUACGUGCAAAUUGAUGUAUAAAAUGAUCCAAAGGUAUUAAGAUCUAAUUAGAACCUGACACACUUGGAUAUUGACAACCGCAAUCUAUCUGUAUACUGUAAUGCUAAUAAAUGAACCAUGGAAGAAAGCUUUUUAAAUUCACAAGUAAAAAUCCUGUGUUUUGGGUAACUUCUGUUUGAUGUGGAUUUCUUAAGUGUGUGUUUUUUUUCUUUUAUGACUGUGUUGCUCUUAAUGUAAUAGUUUACACAUGAAUAAAAAUAUGAAUUAAUAUUUUA